ACAAAAGAGUCACCCUCAGAACAGAACCGAGAACCGAGGGAGGGAGGGAGGGAGGAAGGAAUAAAGGGAAGGGGAAGGGAUGACGGUGAAAUUGGUGGAUGCGACGGUGUCGAGCUUCGACGCAGCAUUCGACAAGUUCAGAUCGGAAGCCCCCAAGCACAGAGCCAACCUCAUCCUCUUCUUGGCCGAUAAGGACCCUUCCACCUCUCUCAGCUGGUGUCCUGAGUUUGAUGUUGGUCUUUACACCUUCAUACUGCUCAGAGCGAUGCGGAUGGGCUGGGGAAGGGAAUCUCAAUGUUUACUUCCAUACUGCGUGAGAGCUGAACCUGUGAUCUACAAGAAGCUUGAAGUCUCUUCUGAUGAUGUCGUGCUUCUGCGAGCUUACGUUGGAGACAGGCCUACGUGGAGAAAUCCUCAGCACCCUUGGAGGACUGACCCAAGGUUCAAGCUCGUUGGAGUCCCCACAUUGAUCCGUUGGGAGAAUGAUGCCAUCAAAGGCCGACUCGAGGACAAUGAAGCCCACCUUGAGCACAAAAUCAGUGCUCUCAUUUCCGGGGAGUGAGAGAGAUAACCACCUGUAUUUAUGUUGGGAGUCGCUCAACAGACAUCAUGAAUAAUAUGCGAUAGAGCUGCUCUUUGAUCGGUGGGCUUUAGUUUGAGGCUCAAGAGCUAGAGCCUUAUCAAACACAGACAGAGCUUUUGAUUCGUGAAUAAAAAGUCUGUAUCCUCUCCUUAUUACUA